CAAAUUUCCUAGGAAAUCCAGAGGAAAUCAACUUAUUUAUAGUGGAAUUUCAAAGCCAUGUUGAAAAACACACAUUUCCAAGGGUCGUUGAUUAAAAGUGCUUGAAAUUCCAGGCACUCCCUUCUACAAACCACAAGUUUCCAGGCAUGGAGACAAAAAGUGGCAAGGAAAUCCAUGGGAGAUCAACUUAUUCACAGUGGAAUUCCGGAGUCAUGCGGAAAAAAAAUGCAUUUCCAAGGGUCAUUGAUUGAAAGUGCUUGGAAUUCCAGGCACUCCCUUCUACAAACCACAUUUUUCCAGGGAUGGAGACAAAAACUGGCAAGGAAAUCGAGGGGAGAUCAACUUAUUCACAGUGGAAUUCCGGAGUCAUGCGGAAAAAAAUGCAUUUCCAAGGGUCAUUGAUUGAAAGUGCUUGGAAUUCCAGGCACUCUCUUCUACAAACCACAUUUUUCCAGGGAUGGAGACAAAAACUGGCAAGGAAAAAUCCAGGGGAGAUCAACUUAUUCACAGUGGAAUACCGGAGUCAUGCGGAAAAAAUGCAUUUCGAUCUGUCAUUGAUUGAAAGUGCUUGGAAUUCCAGGCACUCCCUUCUACAAACCACAUUUUUCCAGGGAUGGAGACAAAAACUGGCAAGGAAAUCCAGGGGAGAUCAACUUAUUCACAGUGGAAUUCCGGAGUCAUGCGGAAAAAAAAUGCAUUUCCAAAGGUCAUUGAUUGAAAGUGCUUGGAAUUCCAGGCACUCCCUUCUACAAACCACAUUUUUCCAGGGAUGGAGACAAAAACUGGCAAGGAAAUCCAGGGGAGAUCAACUUAUUCACAGUGGAAUUCCGGGGUCAUGCGGAAAAAAAUGAAUUUCCAAGGGUCAUUGAUUAAAAACAAUUGGAAUUCCAGGCACCCCCUUCUACAAACCACAUUUUUCCAGGGCUUCUGACAAAAAAUUACUUGGAAAUCCAGG